GUGGGGCGGGACGGGAGCGGGCCUGGCCCCAGCCCCGGCGCCAGCCCCAGUUGCGGAGCCGUGGGGUGCUGUGCCUGGCCGGCAGGGAGCGGGCCUGGCCAUGUCCGACUACCGCAUCUCCGUGGAGGAGCUGAACGACCUGCUGGCUAACGGCAGUGGUUGCUACAGCCUGCCGAGCGCGCACAGCAACGAGGUGGUGCCGCGCAUCCACGUGGGGAACGCGUUCAUAGCCAAGAACAUUACAAGGCUGCAGCGUCUGGGAAUAACCCAUGUUCUGAAUGCAGCAGAGGGGAAGUCAUUCAUGCAUGUGAACACUAAUGCAGAGUUCUAUGAAGGCACAGGCAUCAGAUACCAUGGCAUUAAAGCUAACGAUACGCAAGAAUUUAACCUCAGUCGCUAUUUUGAGGAGGCAGCUGAUUUUAUUGAGAAAGCACUUUCCCAGAAGGAUGGCCAAGUGUUUGUGCAUUGCCGCGAGGGCUACAGCCGUUCUCCUACAUUGGUCAUCGCCUACCUCAUGCUUCGCCAGAACAUGGAUGUCAAAUCUGCAUUGAGUACUGUCCGUCAGAAGCGAGAGAUUGGCCCCAAUGAUGGCUUUCUAAGGCAGCUUUGCCAGCUCAAUGAGCAGUUAGUGAGGGAGGGGAAACUGAAGCCCUAAAACAGAGCACUGUAGUAUUUUGGGAAGUUUCUCAAACUGUCAAAGAAUAUGUGUUAGGUGGUUUAGAUACCCAAACUCCAACUACUAAGCUAGAUCAUGUAAUAUGAGGGAGACAGAAUUCCUGCUCUUGUCUAGUAAAAGUAUCUUUUGCAAAUUCUGGUCUUUUAAAAUGGCGCAAAAUUCUGUCACUUCUCAGAGCUGUUGCAAUGAGGAAGUGUCUUUAGAGGGUUAACUCUGAUGAUAACAGCUGUUUUCACAUGUAUGUGCUUUGCAUUGACCUCGAGGGUGAUUUAUUUAAGCUUUGUCUUGUAUCCCACCAGAACACCAUUUUCUGAGAGCCCCAACACAUCUCUCUCCACUCACUCUUAAUUGAAGUACUGUAUCUUCUAAAGUUUCUCUUCCACACACACACAGGUGCCUAAAAUCUGAGUGCAGGAGCUUCUUGGAAUGUAGAAGUAUAUAUGCAAAUGCACAGAUGCACUCUCAUGUAAAGUGAAGUGUAUACAACUUUGUAUUUAGUGUGGGUAUGUGCAAUACACACAGAGGAUUCAAGAGUGGUAAUAAAGACAUUCAGAGCCUUGUCUUAAUAUACACUGUAUUUCCAGGAAUAUUUGUAUCUUUUGCUGUUGUGGUUGAAAUAAUCUGAUAUUAAUUGUUUUAUUUUUAUUUUAAAAUCAUACUAGAAAAAAUUGUGAAGAGCAAAUGUUGAAGAAAAAACUUUAGCAGGGAAGAAAGAAUAUCUGUAUGGAGUAAUGCUUGUAUCAGGUGUAGGAUAAAGUCCUAAAUAGCAGAAGAGAAUGGCUCCUGAGGUUUGUAUUGAAUUAUAGUGCUUCCCUUCACUGUUUUUUAAACUUGAAAGCUUGAUCUGAACCAGUACAUAUAUAGAUUGCUUCCAGUAGGGCAGCACACAGGUGCUUGAAAAGCAGUUUGUAGAAGUACACUCUGACUUGUUGAAUUGCUUGCAUGGUUCCAUUAAAUAGAAGUGAGAACUGUUAAGUAUCACAUGGACUAUCAAACAUUUCCUUUCUAAUAAAAUAAAUUAAGUUGUGGUUCUGUCUGA